CGGUCGGAUCCUCCACUCAUGACUCACGGCUGUCCGCUGCCUCCACUUCUCCGCUAGAUUAUUUUCUUUCUCCGGCUUCGUUCGUUUCCUUCUCUGCCGUCAAAAUGCCUUUAAAGUUUGAACUGUGUCCGGGCCGAAUGAUCGGCGGUACCAACCCGUGUUUCAUCAUCGCUGAGAUCGGACAGAACCACCAGGGAGACAUUGAGAUUGCCAAGAAAAUGAUCAAAAUGGCAAAGGACUGUGGUGCAGAUUGUGCCAAAUUCCAGAAGAGCGAACUGGAGUACAAAUUCAACAAGCGAGCCCUGGAGCGUCCCUACACAUCCAAACAGUCCUGGGGGAAAACUUACGGUGAACACAAGCGCCACCUGGAGUUCAGCCAUGAGCAGUACAGAGAACUGCAGAAAUACGCCAAGGAGGUGGGGAUCUUCUUCACCGCUUCAGGGAUGGAUGAGAUGGCAGUGGAGUUUCUGCACGACCUCAAUGUGCCUUUCUUCAAAGUGGGCUCUGGAGACACCAACAACUUCCCCUACCUGGAGAAAACUGCCAAGAAAGGGCGUCCCAUGGUGGUGUCCAGCGGGAUGCAGUCCAUGGAGACGAUGCGUCGCGUCUACAAGACGGUGAAGCAGCACAACGAGAACUUUGCCAUCCUGCAGUGUACCAGCGCGUAUCCUCUGGAGGCCGAAGACGUCAACCUCAGAGUGAUCACGGAAUACCAGAAGGAGUUUCCAGAUAUUCCCAUUGGUUAUUCUGGCCAUGAGUCUGGAAUCAGCAUUUCAGUGGCGGCUGUAGCUCUGGGGGCGAAGGUCAUCGAGCGUCACGUAACCCUGGACAAGACGUGGAAAGGAAGCGACCACGAAGCCUCUCUGGUGCCGUCUGAACUGAUCGAGCUGGUUCGCUCAAUCCGAUUGGUGGAGAGGGCGCUGGGCAGCGGCAUUAAGAAGAUGUUACCCUGCGAGAAGCCGUGCCAUGACAAGCUGGGAAAGUCAGUGGUGGCCAAGGUAAAGAUCCCCAAAGGAACAGUCCUGACUGCGGACAUGUUGGCGGUGAAGGUGGCGGAGCCGAUGGGCGUCGCCGCUGAGGACAUCUUCCAGCUGGUCGGGAAAACCGUGACAGAAGACGUGGAGGAGGACGAGAGCGUCACACCCGAGGUGGUGGACAGCUACGGCAAGAAGGCCAAGUGCUGAGAGUGGAGGAGAGGUUUGAAACCGGUAAAGACAAGCGGAGAAGUUUAAUUAAUUCCGAUGGCGAUUGAUAAUAAUGAUGAUAAUUGGGAAGGAGCUCAAGAUGACUCAUGCAGGAUGGUGUGUACUUCAACAAGGCAUGUGAGCGUGACAGCGUAAAUGUUAUCACAGCCUCUGUGCCGUGAUAGCUCAUUUAUUAUCCUAAGUUCUUGUUGGCCAAAACAUUUUCACGAUUUCUAAGAGCUGCCUUAACAUAAAAUGCAAACUUUCUGGCAAACCGUCCUGUUGACAAAUGCAGAGGCUCAAUAGUAGUUUCAGCUCUGUGGUCAGAAUCGGUGCAAUGAUUGUUACUGUAAACUGAACAUACCUUUGUCUGUGAAGAUUCUCAGCCAUCCAGGUCAUGGUUAUUCCCGUAGAUUAAUUGUAGCAACUUGAAGACGUUUC